AUGGAGCUGUUGAGAGGAAGCGGUGACCUUGAUUCAGACACUGGCAUUUUCGUGCGGAGAGUUCUUGGAGACUUGCUUGUCAGGUCUGGUCGGCACCAAGAAGCGCUUUUGGAGCUCCAAGCUCUGCCACCAGAGGUCGCUUCCAUGGCGAGCUUAGGUUUGGCACAUUUAGCCAGCGAAAAUUUCCAAGCUGCCCGGGACACCUUUGAAGAUGUGCUGGACGAACUAGAGGAGACAGAGGACUUAGAUACCCCUUUAGCUGCUCGCUGCUUGCAGGGGCUGGGCUUGGCAUACAACGGAUGUGGAGACGCAGAGGCUGCACUUGAACCGCUGCAAGCAGCAAGGACUAUAUUGGAAUGGCGAGGUCGUAUUGGUACAGAAGAUGGCUCCAGGUGUCUCCUUGCGCUGGGCGAUGUCUAUGCAGAGCUUGAUGACUUCGAAGAGGCCCUCCAUUGCUUUGAAUUGGUUUGCCUUAAUGCUGAAGUUGGCACAGCUGCGGAUGUGUGCAUUGACGUCGAAGAUCUCUUCGAAAAGAUCGAGGAUGCACGCCUGCAGCUUCGGCAUUCCGAUGCCCGUCGGCUUUUCGGCGAUGAAGACGAUGCAGGUGAAAAAGGUUUGGACGUCUCCAAGGGCCUUACGAGCCGUACCAAAGGCAAACUGGAGCAGGAUGAGCCUCGGCAACUGGUUCAUGCCACUGAAAGAGGAGGUUUGGAUAUUGAGGAUGCACAGGGCAAUCGAAAACCUUUGCCCAUGGAUGCUGUAAAGUGGUUUAAGAAUCGCAAUAACGAGGCUCUCUCUGGAUCGUUAGCUUUCGUGCCCUGGAUUUUGCAAGAGGCCUACCUGCAAGGCGACGUGCAUCCGGAAACUCUGGUUCUUCACAGAGGUUCUGGUGCCGUGGUGUUUUCGGAUGCAAGUGGUUUUACAGCUCUGACCGAGCGGCUGGCACUGAAAACCAACGGAGCCGAACUGCUCUCGCAAUGUUUGACAUCAUUCUUUACGCCACUAAUUCAGCUUAUCAAUGCGUACAGGGGUGACGUCAUCAAAUUCAGCGGUGAUGCUUUGAUGAUCUACUUUCCAGCAGUGGACGAUGCGGCCACUGGCGAUCAGUCCAAAUUCAAAGUGCCUCCGCAUGGGUCCUUCCAUCAGCCGGAUAUCGGGCCGAUGGCGACAGCAGUUCUGCGAGCUUGCGCAUGCUGCAUUGAGAUUCAGAAACGUUUGCACAUGUUUGACACGGGUGUCGAUGGCGUACGCCUCUGCCUCCACAUCGGCUUGGGAUGCGGGGAGAUUGCCAUUUUGCAAGUGGGCGGCAUUGAGCCACCGGAGACUGCCAUUCCCCGCUCUGAGUACAUCAUCGCAGGAGCUCCAUUGGAGCAGAUCUCCAUAGCUGAACCGUUGGCAAAGAAUGGAGAGACUUGUUUAAGCCCUCAGGCAUGGGAGCAUGUCAAAGACUACAUUUUCGCAGAUACCAGCAGGGAACUAGAGAACGAUGCCUUUAAAUUGCUGGGGAGAUUGGAUGAGUCCAAGUUCACCUUCCCAACGGUGAAAGCUUCAGCUCAAGAAAGAGACACACGAAAGGACAACCAGUUCACCAUCGCUGAGCUAGAUGUUAUCCGCAAGUUCGUGCCAUCCGCGGUGUUUAAGCAGAUUGAGGAUGGCACCCUUACCUAUGUGAACGAGAUGCGUAACAUCUCAACACUAUUCAUCUCUUGCUCUGGCGUUGACGUUAGCAGAGAUGAGGGUGCUAAUACAGCUCAAGAGCUCAUGGUGUCGGUGCAGCGGAUUUGCUACGCUAAUGAGGGUACCCUCAACAAGUUCCUCAUCGACGACAAAGGCAUGCUUUUCCUUCUGGCAUAUGGGUUGCCACCUCUAGUGCACACAGACGAUGCAACCCGCGCUGUUUUGUCCUGCUUCGACAUUGUCCAAGCUUUCGAAAAGUUGGGCCUCAUUGCACGGUGUGGCGUUUCAACUGGACGCGCCUACUGCGGGGUUUGUGGCAGUGCUGAGCGCAUGGAAUACACUGUGCUUGGAGAUGCAGUAAACUUGGCGGCCCGUUUAAUGGCAAAUGCGCCGGCCAACGGAAUUCUCAUCGAUGAGAGCACCAAGAUGCGAUGUACUUUGGAAAUCUCAGUGGAAGACUUAAAGCCCAUCAAAGUGAAGGGUAAAGCCCAAGCCGUGAAGAUUUUCAAGCCGCACAUGGCCCACUGCAAUCCACACGUAGGUGUUGGCCCAGGUGGGAAGAUCGCCUUCCCGUGGUAUGACCGGAGCCUGAUAACAGGCGAUGGCUCGGGUGACAAGUCUCAGCUUGCGGAAGUUCUGCAGUCCAACGUCCAGAAGCUGUGCAGCCUUCCAGAUUGGCCAGGGAUUUGCAAGAUACAGAACCUGCUGGGCGGUAUGCAUGAUGAAAGUCUUCAUGCACAGGUGCCAUAUGCACCACCAAAGGCUACAGCCAAACCAGAGCCUUUGCCCGCCAACAGCCCUCUUAGCUCUGGCGGUUCAGUGGUGCUUCAGGGGACAGCUGGGCUUGGCAAGAUUGAACUGGCCCAACAUGCGGUAGUCUAUGCAGCUCGGAAAUAUUUCACUAUGCCUGUCAUCGGGACGAUGGGUCCUCGGACACAGGACCUUGCGCGGAUGGGUCACGAGAUGGUGAAAAGCUGCUUGGGAGCUUACCGUCAUGCUGUUGAUCCUUCUCUUCCGGAAUCUGACGAAGCUGCGCUGAGCAAGCUGCUACCUGGCAUGCCUAACUGUGAUGUGAUCGCUCAGCACCUCCAAGACGUGGAAAAUGGAGAUGUGCAUGAAGACUCCCGCAUUUCAGUGCUGCACGAGCUGGUUGAUGUGGGGUUGGACAUCAUUCAAAAACUCAGCAGUCAUGUCAGUCUCAUUAUUGUUUGCCAGCUUGAGCUUGGCACCACUCUGUUCCCAAAGACGCUGCAAUACUUCAAUUGCUUCUAUGAGAUCGUCGCAAAGUUGAUGAGGCUCGUAGAAGAAAGGGGAGCUCACCCUGUGACACUGUGGACUCUGUGCAAGAACCCGGACAUGAACCUAGAAUUCAUGAAGGCUUCCGUCGCGAAGGGUUGGCACAUGGACCUCGCAGGCUUGUCCCAGGACAUUUGUCAGGAAUACAUGGCUGCGCAUUUGGAGGUGCCACUAGGAGUCAUCCCUGAGCAAGUUGUGAGCUUUGUCUACAAGAUCUCCCUUGGGAACCCUCUCUACAUCAGAGAAGCCCUGGGUCAGCUACUGGCUGACGGCCACAUAGAUGUCCGAGAUGGUUCGGAGGUGGAGCAGAACAUUGAGGACUUGGAAUCGGUCGAGAUUGCAAAUUGGUCUCACACAUCCAUGGUUGGCGAAACAAUGUGUUUGCUGGAGUCGUUAGAUCCCUUGCAGGCUGCUGUGCUGAAGGUCAGUACAGUUUUUACCAGCCCUUUCUCAUUGCAAGACCUUGCAUCCAGUUCUUGCUCCAGGUGGUCCGGCUCAAACUAUUUUGACUACAUGAGACUCUUCCAUGCGGUCACGGAGCUUGAAAAGAGAGGGAUCUUAGAGAAGCAGCCCUUCAAGCGAAAGCUGGACUCAGGGCCUUUGCUUGUGAGGAGCCAUUCAGUCUUGACUGGCCGGCGAGCCAGCACCAAGAAGGAACCCUCCAGGGGCCUGAAGGACUCCUCGAGCGAUCAGAGGGAGCUUCAGAUGUUCGAGAUGAAGAACUUGCUCAUCCGCAAAGUCGGAGGGUCGAUGCUCCUGGAGGCGCAGAAGAAGAAAGUGAAACGACAGGCGUUGAUAGAACGCGCCUUGAAUCGGGACUUGCCUGCUCGAAUGGAAGAUUUGGAGAAGAAAAAGAAGGAGCCCCACAUCCCCUGGUACUACGAGAACAUCUUGACCAGAACGCAGUCUCACGUGCUAGCCUCGCUGGUGUUCAAGACAUCAAGGGACCAAAGUGGUGCGUUGCGCGCACGCCCCCGCAUUGAGCUUCGUAGUGAGGGAGCAGAAUUGAAGCGCGCUUCUAUGGGAGAACUCCUGCGCUUUGCAGUGCCAGCUUUGGGCAUCAGUCUUGCCGGGCCAAUUUUGAGCAACAUUGAUAAUGCGUUUGUGGGCCGCCUGUGUGGCCCACAGAGCCUUGCAGCUUUGAGCCCUGGCACUGUGGUGGCUGAUUAUAUUCUGUACUUGGUCGUUUUCCUGCCUCGUGCAACCGUUGGCCUCGUUUCGCGCGCUGUGGCCAAAGGUGCCAAGGCUGCGCAAUUUGAAUUGGUACGAUCGCUCAGCGUGGCUGUGCCACUGGGCAUUUCCCUCUCCAUCAUGUACCUGCUGUGCACGGAGCAAAUCUUGAGACUGAUGCACAUCUCUCCAGUGCUGCUGCCACAAGCAGCAGUCUAUGCUCGAAUUCGUGGUGCUAUGACAUGGGCGACCCUGGCACAAAGCGUUUGCCUUUCGGCGCUCCUGGCAACGAAGGACUCCAUCACUCCGUUGAAGGUGGUGGCGAUUGAGGCUGUGGCUAACAUUUGUGGUGAUUUCCUACUCUGCGCUUGGCCUGGACAUCUGGGUGUUGCUGGGGCUGCUCUGGCAACUUCAUUUGCAACCUGGCUGAGCUUCGUGCUGAUGCUUCGAGCUUUACGAGCGAGGGACUUGCUACCCGGCAAAUGGCUUCAGCUUCCAAAAUCAGCUGCAUACUUGCAGCCGCUGCUGGAAUACGCAGGACCUUUGUUGCUGGUUCUCAUCUCGCGCUUCCUGACGCUCUCUGCCAUGGCUUUGUAUGCCGCGUCAUUGGGAACUACAGCACUGGCAGCCUACCAGGUGCUUAUCAACCUCUACACCCUUUUUGGCUUGUUUGGUGAGCCUCUGAGCCAAGCAGCCCAAGCUAUGCUUCCCCCUUUGCUGGAGCGGAAGGAUCGCCGCGGGGUGAGGCGUGCAAUGCGGAGUCUACUUCUUUUGGGCCUCGCCUUUGGUUUCGGUGCUGGCAGCCUUGCGGCUCUUGCAGCUUUGCUCGGGGGGCGUUUGUUUUCAGCUGAUGCAGACGUUUUGCGCUUACUCCAGCAUUUGUCGCCUGUCCUCCUGGUGACCGUGGCAUCCCUUGUCUUCGAAUACCCUGUUGACGGGGCCAUGCUUGCGACCAAGAACUUCCGCCUCCUGGUAGCCCUGGACGUUUUGGGAGUCUUGCUGCAGCUACCUGCAAUGCAUGCCUUGCGACACCUGCCUGGCUGGACUGCCUUGGCGGCCCUGAUGCCCAGCAGCACGAUGAGUUUCAAACUAUUGUCGAAAGGGAACAGAAAUGAAAAACACUAUCCCAAAAAUUUCCCAAAAUAUCAAUGGAUUGGACACAGUACCAGUAGGAAUUACCGCACAAGGCGGUGGCGGAAGUUUCAAAGAUAG